AUGGCCGGUGAUAAGGAUCACUGGUGGCCUUGUAAACUCAAAUAUUUAGAGGCAAAUUACGAGAGAUGCAAACUCAAAGUACGGCAGGAUUCGUUGUAUUGUAAACUGUUUAUACUUGAGUAUCAAAAUCGCUUGGAAGAAGAGCGAAGAAUUACGUUGAAAUAUGAAAAAAAUGCCGUCGAAGAAACCGGUCAAAAACAUAUUGAGCUUGCUAAUAACCAAGAAGUUCUUGCCAGGAAUGCUGUGGAAAAUUUAGCAAAUGUGGAAAAUGAAUGGAAGACAAAAACAGAUAAUUUGACUAAACAAAUCGAGUGUUUGAAGGAGAAACAGAAAAUUGAAAUAAAAUCUAAAGACGACACAAUCCUUCACCUGACCAAGGAGGUACAAGUUUUAAGGAAUCUAUCUUCUCUUAAGGGAGCCCUGCCGAAAAAUGCUCAGGAGGAAUUUGAUAAAAUACUGAAAACUCAACAGGAAAAGCCACAAAUAUCGUGUAAAAUGGAUCGCCAAGUGCGUACCACAUCGAAAAUCGACGAUGAAGAUACAGGUCAUGGUGUUGAAGAAUCCUGCGGCGUUUCUGGGAAAGGUCAAAGCUGUGAAGAUGUAACAAAUCUGCUAUUAGACAAUUCUGAGAAUUUAGAAUCGAUAAGCGGAGAGAAAUUCGGAGAAAGUCAGUUAGGAUCUGUUUUGGAAGUUACAGAAGAGAUGUUAAAAAAUUGCAGAAGGCGCUCUGUUCUGAAGAGAUCACGCAAAUCUCAAGUUCCUGACGUUAUAGAGAAUGUGUCUGAAGACUUGGGUGGGUCUGAGAAACAGGUUAAAACACGAAGAGAAAGAAGAGUAACUUUCAACGGCGAACUAGAAUUCAAACUUCCAGAUGGAAGUAAAGAACUUGCGGAACUGGUGAUUGAUGAUUCUAAUGGGGAAAUUGAAACACAUGUAGAUCAGAAUGAGGAGGUGUGUGAUGAUAUUCUGUCAUACGAAACGCACGAACAGAGUGGGGUUGAUGUAUUGGCAAGCAAUGAUGAGAAAGAAGUGAUCAGUGUGGAUACAAAGACUUUGGAGGAGUCGAGAGAACCAGAGGGCUCUUUCGAACAAGCUGAGAAGUUGAAGUCUCGCGAAGAUGAAGAUUGUGCAAGUAAUGUCCAUUCUCAAACUCAUGCGACUGACGGGUUGGGUGGGAGUCCUAUGGAAGAUAGACAAAUAAAGAAAGGAAAAAGGAAAAAAUCCAAGCAAAAGACUGACGAGAAUAGCAAUGUUAUUCAGGAAUGUGGAAACGUGAAUAAAACGGCGAAUGCGAAAAAUAAGGUAGAUAUUGAUGAGAGUGGAAGCAAAGACGUUAAAGAUGAAACGGGAAAGAAAAACAGACGAUUUUCAGUGGAAGCAGAUAUUUUAUUAUCUGUUGAUCGUCAGGCUCAGGAAGAGAAAUUAAGCUCUGGCAUCGAGAAUACUUGUAAGAAAAAGACUCAUUCAAAACAAACCGAUUCUGAAGAAGCAAAAGUGGUCACCGUUCAGCUACAAGAUACAGUCGAACGGCGGACUAGAAACGGACCAAAAAGGGGCCUGAGGAGAGAGAACUGUAAUAAAGUGAACACAACUAAGAGAUUAGUGGACGCAUUUGGCGAAGAAAGAGAGUUAAAUGAAUUGCAAAGUCGUGGAGAAGAUAGAAAAACGCAGAAGGGUAAAAAAGGGAAAGGCUCUAAAGUGGCAAAAACUAAUAUGGUCGAUGCUCCGAGACAGGCAAGCCCAGCAGAUCCUGAUACUCAGGAGGAUCUUGAGAAUGGUGAAGAUAAGAAUAUUUGGGAGAACAUCGCAUUGGAAAAGCAGUCUUGUGGCGUGCGAAAGGGAAAAAGUAAGAGAACAGUUGGUCGCAAGUCGGCCCAAGCGAAGAAAACUACCUCUAGAAAGGAAUAUAGAAUACAGACAAGGAAUUCGAAAGCAAGACUAGCUAAAGCUGAUGAUAAUAUUGGGGAUGAAGUGAUGAAAGAUAUCAGUGGAGGAGAUGAUAUGGCACAGGACUCUCCGUUUAAAGAAUUUUCUCAACUUGGGAGUGAAGUAGAAGAAGAAAAAGGGAAAGAAACACCAGGAAAAAGUGAUAAACUUCAUAGAAAGAAAUGCAUAAGUGAAGCAGAGGUGGACGUUGGUCAAAUGAUAUCAAAUGGUUCUGGUAAUGAUGUUGAGCCAUCUUCGAGAGAAGAUAAAAUUGAUAGCCAGGAGGAUGAUGCAGUAUGUGAGAAAAUCCAAGAUGAAUGUAACAACAAAAACGAAGGAGAGAAAGGCGCAAAAACAAAUAAAAGGAGAUCGGUAUUCGAGCUGCACGAUGAUGAAGCUGAGGAUCUGAAGGGAAGCAAGGAAGGUAUGAAAGAUGAAGUGGAAGCUAAGAGUAAAGAAAACCAACCUGGAAACAUCGAGAGAGAAGAGAAACCAACUGGAAACAUCGAGGAAAUAAACGAGAAAGAAGAAAAAUACGAGAAAAAGGAAAUCUUAUAUAGAUUUAGUGGAUACACCACAAAAGAAAGUGAAAUCCAAGAAAGGAACAAAAGAAGAAGUGGAAGAUGGUAA